CUCAAACUCUUUAAGACACUCCUGGUCUUCUAUAUUUGGAUGAACGUCAUACAUGUCAGUGUCAUGCACAGUGCAAAGUGAGUGUUAGUCAGGUGAGUCUUGCAAUGCAUCAGGCUGGUCAUGUGCUGCAAAGCUGUACUCUUUUUAACAUUGAUGUAAUCACUACCCUAGUAGUACUUAAAGGCAACAACACGCUGGCUGUGGAUGCAGGGUGUUUACCAAGUUGACAUUUCCAAAUUCCCUGAGUUUUCCAGGUUUUCCCUGAGUGCCCUUUCAAAAUUCCCUGAGUGACGCGGAACGAUGUUUUAUGUCAAGACACGCUGAAACCAUAUCGCCCGAUGCUGUCGCUCUCUAGUAAGCAUAAUAAAAAAAUUAAAAAGAAAACUAUGUAGUCCAGUUUGAAUACUAAGCAGUAGUGUUUGUUAUUCAAAAAGAGAAUAGAAGGGAGAGUUUAGCGAAAUGCACAGCAAAUAAAGUCUUUGAAAAAGGAAAUGCAAAUCGAGUCGGACAUUCUCAAAUACGAAUAAAAAGGAGAUGCAUACGGAAGCAAAUAUUUUCGAAUAUGAGCUAUUUCUAUCAACUGAUAGCAAGCUCACUGGUAUGAGGCCCGAACUUUGUCACAAUGAGAUUCCCUCUCAAAAGCUCGUAAGUCAACCUCAACUGUCCCGAUAUACUCUCAGCCCGCGCACGACGUCUCAGUGUUUUGUUUCACUGCUUUAAAGAGUUUAUUUUGGUUUGGAUGAGUGAAAACUGCAUCUUGGCAUCAGCCAACACUUUGUUUUGUUGAGCUCAAGCUCCUUCAAAACAGCGGCAGCACUGUUGUAUCGUCAUGGCACCGCACGUGCCUAUGAAGCUGGGCGCACCUGCUGUAAUCACUUUCUUCCCUUACUCUCUAUUUGUCCCUUCCCCUCUUUCUUGCUGUGUGCUAUAUAUUGCACGCGAUACCCGUAAUAAACGUCUUUGCUCGAUUGAUCUUCUCGGGAGAACGUGGUUACUUCAGUGGUGACGAGGAUGGGAUGAGCCUGCCACCCACCAGCAACACCCCGGUAGCCAUGGCCGGAUACACAAGCCCACCGCAGUUCGAGGAAGCUACGGACCACUGGCCGGCAUAUCUAGUGCGGCUAGAAGCUUUCUUCGAAGGCAACGGCAUCACGGAAGAAAAGAAGAAGCGAGCAUUGCUCGUAGCAGGGCUGAGCACUCACACGGUGGCCGCCGUUAGUGGACGCUGCAUGCCAACAAAGGAAAUUCCAUUGGGUAGGAAAGCCAUGGCGGCCACCCGCAUACAACGGUGGGCCCUCCAGUUGAGCCCCUACUCCUACAUCGUCAAGUUCAAGGACGGCAAGGCAAAUGUUCCGGCUGAUGCACUCAGCCGCCAGCCACGGGCAGCGCCUUCCAAGGAAGUGUCCGGAGAUGAGGACGGUGCCGGAAAAACGCCGGCUAUGCUGCUGAUGAGGCGCGAGCUACGCUCCCGAUUAGAUAACUUGUUGCCAUCAGAAACAGAGCGUUACAGUUACCCUUUUGCCAAUGAUUUCUUGCAGAAGGAUAAACCAAUUUGGGAGCGAAACUACGGUUGCCUCGGAGACCCAUGGACUCAAGCACGUGUCCAAACAACAGAGGGGUCUUGUAUGGUGACUGCCGAGGGACCGGAGGGUGAACUAAUGCGACGACACUUGGACCAAGUGCAACCGCCUGUGGUGGAGCAGGACUCGGAGCAAGUGCAGCCGCGUCUCUCAGCCAGAGGUGACAGAGCCGUCGACAAGACCGCUAGUGCGAAUACGACGGAUGAGACCACAACCCUGGAACUACGAAGGUCAACCCGUUCGAGACGUGCCCCUGACAGGUUCUCUCCCUAAGAGAAGAGGAGACUGUUGUCACCGCACGUGCCCGCACUGCACGUGCCCAUGAAGCUGGGCGCACCUGCUGUAAUCACUUUCUUCCCUUACUCUCCAUUUGUCCCUUCCCCUCUUUCUUGCUGUGUGCUAUAUAUUGCACGCGAUACCCGUAAUAAACGUCU